AUGGCAUCCAAUGAUCUCGAUGUUCAAAUAACAGAAUCUCACGAUGUUUCACCAACUCCGGAGACCAAAGAAGUUGAUCCAAAGAAUAAUACCUUCACAAGCGACAACGAUGUAGAGCACGGCCUGAAAUUUGAGCCCGAGGAAGAAGGAGUCACUACAGUGGUGGAAACUGCCAAUGAUCUUGUCACAAAAGUCAUCCAUGUCCAGGAUGACCCAAAUAUGUCUGUGGUGACCUUCCGUGUGAUUUUCCUUGGCCUCGGACUUUCCAUCUUCGGCUCCGUCCUUCAGGAAAUCUUUUACUUCAAACCGCAGACUAUCUUUGUCUCUUUGGUUUUCUUGACUGUUUGGGCCUACAUUCUCGGUGAUUUAAUGGCUGUGCUCAUUCCGACAAAGAUUGAUUGGAGGAUUGGUGGCCUCCACAUCACUGAUGGUGGAUUACUACGUUAUCUAAACCCGGGUCCCUUCAACUCCAAGGAGCAUGCUGCAAUCACAAUCAUGGCAUCAGCAGCUGCGCAGUCAGCAUUGGCUACCGAGGCGCUCGCUGCUCAAUACCUAUUUUACGGAGGCUAUCCGAGUAAAGGAGCCGGCAUUUUUAUUGUCUUGACAUCUCAGCUCCUCGGCUUUGGUAUUACUGGGCUUUUGCGCGACGUGCUAGUAUUUCCAACGAAGAUGAUCUGGCCAAUGACAAUCCCGGUUUCCAGCUUGCUUGAGACAAUCCACCGUGACCGAAAGGAGACUAAGCGGAAAAUGCGAAUAUGGUAUGCUGUAUUCCUGGCUGUGUUUAUAUGGGAACUCUUUCCCGAGUAUAUUUUCACCACCUUGAUUGGCAUUUCGGUCUUCUGUCUUGCAGAUCAGCAUAAUCUUUUCUUUACCAAUUUCUUUGGCGGAGCUACAGGAAACGAAGGCCUUGGGGUGCUCAAUAUUUCGUUUGACUGGAAUUAUAUUGCUCCUUUUUUCAACCCGCUUUGGUAUCCCCUUCAAAGUACUGUGAAUACCUUGAUUGGAAUCAUUGGUUGUUACGCGCUUCUCAUAGGUCUAUACUACGGUAACAUUUGGGAAGCCAAGAGUCUCCCUUUUAUGUCCCAAGACCUAUUCAAUCUUACGAACGCAAAUUCCACAACCUACAAUAUUUACAACCAGUCCCUCAUCUUGAAUGAUAACUUUGAAAUUGACAAUGCAAAGCUCGAGGCGGAGGGUAUUCCAUAUUUGACAGCAACCUACUUAGCCUAUCUUCUCACCACAAACAUGGGCAUGACCGCAACAAUCGUAUACAUGUUUUUGUGGAACCGAGAUGAUUUAAAGGCUGCGUGGAGCUGGGCAUCCCCGUCACAAAUUCUGAAAGACUUUAGUCUUCAAAGGCUUCAGUUCUGGCGUAAUCAGGAGACUCCCGAGGAGAGGCUGCAAAGAAAGCAGGACGAUUCAACUCUGGACCCCCAUUACAAGCUGAUGAUGAGGAAUAAAUACGCAGAAGUGCCUUUGUGGUGGUGGGCCCUCGUCCUUGUUGUCUGCUGGGCUGUGGGUCUUGGUUGUCUUUACUCAAUGAAGUCUACUUUACCCUGGUGGGGAUUUCUGGUUUCUACGAUUUUCACUUUCAUUUUCGUCCUCUUUUUCGGCGCCCAAAUGGGAAUGACAGGUUUUCAAUUCAAUCAACAACCAAUUUGUCAGAUGCUUGCCGGAUAUAUGUUCCCUGGUCGUCCCCUUGCCAACUUUUACUUCACUUGCUUCACGUUCAAUGCAACUCAACAGGCUCAGCUCCUAGCUAAAGAUCUGAGACUGGCUCAGUAUUCACAUUUACCACCACGCAUAACCUUUGCGGUUCAAAUAGCAGGCUGCAUAGUUGGAGGGCUGAUGAAUUGGGUCAUCAUGGAUACUGUUGUAGCCGCACAAGAGCCUCUCCUGGUAUCUAUUCAGGGCUCUAGCAUUUGGUCCGGACAGAACAUUCAACAGUUCAACUCUCUAGCUAUAGCAUGGAGUAUAGCGCCCAAACUUUUCAGUAUUGGUGCGCGUUAUGAAUGGGUUACGAUUGUGUUCCUUUUGGGAUUCCUUGUCCCUGUUCCAGCAUACAUUAUGUACAAGAUCACUGGCAACCGACUUUGGGGCUAUCUUAACCCAUCAAUCAUUCUCUGGUUUAUGGGGAAUCUUUUUGUUGGAAUCAACAGUGGGUUCACGACCUUCUUCAUUGUCGCGUUCGUCUUUCAAUGGUAUAUUCGAAAAUACCACCCCAGAUUCUUUGUCGAAUGGAACUAUCUCAUCUCGGCGGCAUUGGACGGUGGCACACAAAUCAUGGUCUUUAUUCUUACAUUCGCUGUAGCAGGAGGCAGUGGCACCGCUCAUCCAUUCCCUACCUGGGCAGGGAAUCCUGAUUUGUCGCUCCAUAACACAGACUACUGCAUGGUCAAUCCCGCAAAUCAGUGAUUGGAUUGCGGAUUUGUCAAAUUGUUUCCAAUGCCGGUACUUGAGCAUCAAGGACAAUGUUUGUGUAUCAAUCACUUCUUUAUGUACACGUUUGAUCUCCCAAUGCGUGUUUGAGUAUGUUAAGGUCCGGAUGUAUAUGUCCAUCCCGGUAGUUCGGGGGAGUGAUUGAUAACGUAGGACCCAGAAACCUACCAACAGCAAUAAAUACGGAAGAAAAUUUCUACCUAUCAAACAGGAUCCCCUCUUGAAUGGAAAUUACUAAUAAAUUUAUACUCUUCCUCAACCCAACGAAUUAAAUUUGGAUCUGAGCGCCUUGGGUAAGCCUGCUCAAUC